AUGGUGUCUCUGUUGGACGACGAGAAGCGUCCCGUUUGCGACCCUGAUUUUGGCGACGAUGUCUCUGCGGACUCUACGGCGCAGAAAUUCCUGAAAAAGGUAUCUUAUGUCUUGACGCGUUGGGGAAUCGAGACCAAUGGAAUCGAUCCCAUACCUUCUGCGGAACGAUCGGAUACCAGACUGUACCAGAUGUUCUUCGUCUGGUUCUCAGCGAACAUCAACAUCCUCUCCUUCGGCACGGGGUCGGCAGGACCUGCUUUCUACGGCCUUGGGCUUCGGGAGUCGAUCGUGGUCCUGCUCAUUGUUGAUAUAAUCACAUGUGCUAUCCCCGCAUAUUUUGCGGUAUUUGGCCCCAAGCUCGGCCUGCGCUCGAUGGUGCAGGCACGGUUCUCUUGGGGGUAUUAUCCUGCGAUACUCCCGAGUGCCUUGAACGUGUUCUCCAUGCAAGGUUUCCUCAUCUUAAACUGUAUCAUUGGGGGCCAGACCCUAGCUGCUGUCUCGCAUCACCUCGACGAUACCCUCGGGAUCGUGAUCGUAGGCCUUAUAUCUCUUGCAGGUUACGUUCUGCGGAUACCGGGUGAUCCACUACUACGAGAUGCUGGCGUGGAUCCCGAACGCCAUCGUGUUCAUUGUGAUGCUCAGUGUAGGGGGUAA